AUGUCUCCUUCCCAGGCUUCCCAGCAGCCCACCACCAUCCUACAGCAGCUCUCUGCUGCCAUGUCAUCUCCCACUCCUUCCACCCGGCCAGCACACGUCAAGCAGGACCUGGUGGAGCUGAUGAUGAUCCAGAAUGCCCAGAUGCACCAGGUCAUCAUGAACAACAUGACCAUGUCAGCCCUCAGCUCAUUUGGCUAUUCCCAGCCCCAGCUCCACCCUCYGUCUACCUCUGAGGUUCAGUCAUUUGGCUAUCCCCAGCCCCACCCUCCACCCCUGAAGAGGGCGGUCCCACCUCCUCCCCCACCCAGUGCUACCAGGACCGUGGGGGCUGACGUCCCUCCAGCAACAGGUGCACAACUGGAACACUCUGCACAUCUCUGCUGUAUAUCUGUCUAA